CCAAGGUUCGUCCAUCUGUCAAUGUUACGCUGACAUCUGUUAUCCAUGUUCAAGCAGGAUCUGAUAACAAGCAUAGGCUGCUGCGUUCCCUUCGCAGAUGUCGUCACUAUGUUCUAUAACAACCACGCCUUCGCCCGUGUCGCAUGGUAAUACUUCGUACGCAUACACUUUCUGAGAAUCAUGUUCAAGAAAUUCUUCUCCCAAUCGACACCAGCGCAGCAGGUUGAUCCAUUCCGAUAUGAGCGUUUGCAGCCAGGUUCAAUUCGACUUUUGAAGAUUCUCACUCAUGACACAGACCCCGAUGUCGUGACAUGCGAACUCGCUCAUUUUGAGUUCCCCAACUGCCCACCUUAUACGACACUCUCCUACACUUGGGGCUCACCUCGCCAAAUUGCGAAUAUCACGGUCAAUGGACGAGCUCUUAAGGUUCGCAAGAACUUGCUCGCCUUCUUAAGGCAGGCUGCGAGAUCUAACGAGGACCCAGCUCGUCUGUUCUAGAUUGAUCAGAUAUGCAUCUGUCAACAGGAUACCGAAGAACGCAACGAGCAAGUUGCGCAGAUGGGACGUAUAUACGAAGAGGCUGCCAACCCGAUUAUUUGGCUUGGUCAGGCGUCCGCUUCGAGGGGCAGUGACUGAGGCAUGGAGGUAAUACAGUUGGUUGCUCGAUGGGCUCAAGAUCAGAAUGGUAGGAAAGAGGAUCUCGGAGAAGAGACUCCUGACGACAAGGACUCACGGAAGGAGAAGACAGAAAAGGA